CCGGUUAGCAUCGGUUAAGUUUUGAUAUUUUCUGGGAUCAGGUGCCUCCUAACCUGGACCAAAUAACACUAGCUAGCGAGGUGAAACAGAGAAAUUUAAAAAAAAAGAAGUUAUAAAGAGGCAAAAAGAAUGCAAGAUAUUAACACAAACGAUUUAAUUGAGAACAUUUUCGGAUUGACAACAACUCAUUAUUAGUACAGAAGAGGAAACACGAAAAUAAAACCAAGCCCUUCAAGUGUUAUUUGUUCUUGUAAACGCUGGAAAGCUAUAGGUUCUAAAACCCACAUGACGAAACAUAAUUUACAAUAAUACAUAGGCCUAUACCUAUUAUUUGAAAUUUCUGUCUGCACUUUAAGUUUACUCUUUCACAUUACCAUAAAGCCAAUUGAAACAUCAGUGUAAUGCGAGUGUGAGACGACAGAAAAUUUGCAGAUACACUGGGCCAAUAUGCCAGAUUAUCCAUGUUUAAAAUUAGAACUGCCCUUCUGUGGUAUGAUUUUUUCGGAUAAGGUGUUUGCAAUCUUUGCUACCAAAGUGCAACGGUACGUUUAGAAAACAAAAUCAUUUACACAUGAGAGGAACAAGCGCUAAAUAUUUUGAGUAAUUUUAACAGAAAAUGGUCAUAUAUUCAUUCUCUACAGUUUGAUUGUCAUGACCUUCGAGUAGUACAAAGAUGAUUCGGAAAACACGUUACAGACAAAACCACACUGAACCACACGUUUUUUUUUUGCAGACGCAGUUGAACUUAUUUUGAUCACAAUAACCUGAAAAAAAGUUCACUGUGUGUACGAGAGCUCAUUACUCAAUUAAAAUGUGUCUAUUGAUAAGUUGGAAAUGGAAAAGUUCCUACAAAAAGCAUAAAUCAUUGACAAAAACAGCAAAAUAAAUUGAAUGAAAGUUUUCGUCCAACUGAGAUACAGUCUAUAUAGAUCAUUCGACACCAAUUAUCAAUAAUGGUAAUAAUUUCAGUCAAUACGAAGUUUUCCAAUUGCUGGUUUAUUUUCAACCACUUCAGUUUGCUGUCAAGCGAUAAAAACGUCAAUACAUGAAAUACCGUUAAUUUUUUUUCUAUUCGAAGCUGUUUUUAUUAAGUUCAACGACCUUUUUUAUAUACGAUAAAGUAACAAUACCAAUUGGUCCGACGAGUGACUCAUAAUGCCAGAGCAUGCCACUGUUCUUUGAAUUUGAUCGUCAAUUCAAUUUACUGUACACAAUCACCGAAAUAUGAAAGACUUGUGACGUUAGUUGACAUUGAAAACCCGCUUGUUUGCAUUAGUUGUGUUUAGUCUCGUGAAAUACAUUGGGGUCUUUGCCUGCGAAAUCCUUAUCGUUGUCCGUUAACCUUAACAUUGGUAUACAUCUGUGGUUUGUGUGAGGUAAUCUUACGGAAAGAUUAAUAAGUAUUAAAGGUGAAUAUUUUAAUUCUCCAACUAGAUGUCUGGGGACGCAGACUUUGCCCCGUUCGUCAUAGGUUCUUGCAGUUCGGGCCUAAUUUUCUGUAGAAAUGGAGGAGAGUGCAUAGAAGGCAUUUGCCAAUGCCCAAUUGGAUUUCAAGGAGACGCCUGUGAGAACGACGUCAGGGCAGAAAUUCUUAUCGGCUGUCUGUUAGGUGCAGUAAGCGUUUGUCUGCUAGUUAUAGUUGCCUUCAUAAUCUACCAACGAAGACAGGAUGCAACCCCACAGAUUCGACGUGUUAUUAGUGUUCGAAAUCGUAAUAUUUCGAAGACAGUUAGGAGCUCUGCUCUUGCCGAUGUAGAAAUUCCGCCAGAUUACGACGAGGCAGUGGCCUACGAACAGGAUCAAUGUUUUUCGGCACCUUCCCUGAAUUCGAAUAAGAAUCAACCAAAAUCGGAAAUAAUCAACGAGAAUUCGACGUGCAUACAAUUAUCUGAUCAAGAAAUCAAUAGUCAGGCGGCUACAUCUAAGGAUUGUAAAGUAAAACCAUCGAUGUCAUUUGCGUCUAGACUUCUUGAAAGAGCACUCGGCACUCGGCAAAAUAAUACAGAACCGCAGAGACGGCGCAGUCCACGCAGAUCGAACAGCACACCGUCAGCGAAACAUGACUUUAGGCCUAGUCCACCGAAGAAAGAAGUUGAGACUAAACGGGUUCGUGGACCAACGAGAGCUAUCAGCGUACCUGGAAAAGUUGUUCAAGUCAAUAUGGAAUAAUGAGAAUUAAAGCUUUUAAAGAGUCGAUUCAUACCAUAGACCGAAGUGCUUUGGGCCUGAAUUCAUCCUAAAGCUCCAUACACAGUUGGAAUUUUAGGAGGUCUAGUCAUUACCAAAUAUUUAAAAAAAUAAUUUUCAUAUUUGAAUUACCUAAUUAGUUUAAAUAUAUUAUUAACUUACAGCUAAAGCUUUUUAAAAGCAACAAAUGUCCGUAUUAGUUAAAUAAUACCAUUACCUUUCACGUAUUAAUUUUCCAUUAAUUGGUAAUCAGUUAAAGGAAUUUUGUAUUCAAAUGUCUGUAAAUCAAUGAAAAAACCGAUCUCCUUCUGGUUUGAAGUCAUAAUCUUAUUUGACCCCCUUAACCCAGCUAUUCAGAAUUAUCUUUUUUUUCUGAUACUUUAUUUGGCAGAGAGUACUGUACAUACAUGGAAGAAUAAGUUUUAAUUUUUUCCCCCAAGCUUACACCUAUUCCUCCAUGUUUAGAUGUAUCGUGAAUGGUUGGAAUGAGACGUGUUGUCUUACCGUGCUGCUAAGCCCCGUCCUUAUAUCAGAAGAUUGUUGUUAAGGUACCAUGCGGGUGCGUUCGGGCGAGUUUUUUGUGGAGUCUAAAGCCGGGCAUUCACUGCGUCGUACGACCGUCGCACGACGAAUCUAACUCCGCUCCCUGUGAGCGAUAGAUGACGCAAACGCCGUCUUAUGAUUGUCGGUAGCAGUCUGAACGGAUCGUCAUUAAAAACGAUCUGUGCACGCGCGUCGUCGCGUUGCGUUCUUCGUAGAAUCGCGUCUGCCGACGACCGUUGUAGCAGUGAGUGCCCGGCUACACGGGAUAAAUAUGGAAACGGCCUUUUCUAUAGUCGAAUGGGUGUUAAACGCAGAUCGCCUGCUGAUAUCCGCUGAUAAUCCAACGUUGCGAAUUGCAGUGUUUUGGAGGAGCAAAAGCAAUAUAAGUUGGCAGCAGGGAGAGUUUUCUAACACGUAAUCCCUACAGUAGUUUGUAGAAGCAUUAGACCCAUUGAGGUUUCCUCCAUGGUAGAACAUUCGUGUAUUCCUCCCCACCCGAAAGGAUUCUUCAGGCCUAAGGUUUGACGUAUCUAAGCCUAUCCAUACUUAGUUUAAGGAGUAGGAUUAGUUAAGUAUCAUUCUAUUUGUAUUAUUUAUGUUAAGCGCAUAGAGGUCUCUAUGAUAGGCCUAUGCGCUCUAUAAGUCGACCAUUAUUAUUAUUAAUUUACCCACGUUACGAUGAAAAUGUAGAAGACUUUAACUUCACUCUCAUCAUAUCAAGUAUAUAUACCGUAAUUAGUGCAAUAUUAUAUCUAAAUGAACAUAUAAGUAUUAUUGAACGAAUCUAGUACUAGGUUAACUGGCCAUUGUGUAUGUUAUUGUAAAGGUUAUUGUAUUGGCAAAGCUGAUUUCUAAUUUAUCUAAAAAUAUAAGUUGUUUUGUAUUGUUAUUUUUAUACAUGAAGAAAAUAAAUUUUAUAAAAAGCCUCAGAUGACUUGAAUUUGUAUUGUUUUGGUAAUGAAUAUGACAGUAUUCAAAAUACUAAAGCUCAAAUGCAACAUAAGUCCAUAGUCAGUGACUUAACAAAGAAGUAUGAGGCCUGGUAAUGGUUCUUCGAGGCAAAAAUGCUCAUAGGCCUAUCUCGGGUCCUUUAAGGCCUGGGCCCCUGGUUUUAGCCAAUGAGAGCUCACUAUAGUUGUUACGUCACUGCCUAUAGUUUUUGAGUAAAAAAGAGAUCUAUGUUUCAUGCAUUCAAAGUAUUUCUGCAUAUACCUUUAGUUCCCUGUCUCCAUUAUAUUUUUUAAGAUGAAUCUA